UGAGGAAACGAGAACCGUGGGCUCGUCCGGAAAAAGAGGGAGACGCGAACAUGGACAGGACGGCCGUGGUCAAGGUCGGUGCCGCGGCAAGUGCCAGUGUUUGCGCCCUUUUCGGCGGCGUGGUGCUCGCUCAAUACAUCGUGGCCAAGAAGAAGCGAGCGGGCAAGAAGACCAGGAUCAUAGAGAUGAUGCCUCAGUUUGAGAAGAGCACGGUCCAUAUCAGAGACCCUGAGAGGGUUGAACAGAUCAUCUGUGGGUUCAUCAAGGGAGGAGCCUCCAAACUACAGGUCAUCACAGACUUCGACAUGACAUUAAGCAAGUUUGCCAUUAACGGAACCCGUUGUCCCACCUGCCAUAAUAUCAUCGAUAACUGUAAGUUGGUGACUGAAGAAUGCAGGCAGAAGCUUUUGCAGCUGAAGAACAAAUAUUAUCCCAUAGAGAUUGACCCUCAUCUCACUAUGGAGGAGAAGUACCCUUUCAUGGUGGAAUGGUAUUUUAAGUCACACACAUUACUGGUAGGACAGAGACUACCGAAAGACAAACUCCCUGAGGUGGUGAGAGAGUCUGAUGCUGCCCUCAGGGAGGGCUAUGAGGAGUUCUUUGAUCGCCUGCAGCAGCACAACGUUCCCGUCUUCAUCUUUUCGGCGGGUCUGGGUGACGUGCUGGAGGAGAUCAUCCGGCAGGCUGGCGUCUACCACCCUAACGUCAAGGUUGUCUCCAACUUUAUGGAUUUUGAUGACAAUGGCAUCCUGAGGGGCUUUAAGGGCGAGCUGAUCCAUGUGUACAACAAGCAUGACGGUGCCUUGCGUAACACAGAGUACUUCAAACAGUUGAAAGACAACUGUAACGUCAUCCUGAUGGGAGACUCAUUGGGCGACCUGAACAUGGUCGACGGUGUGCCCAAUGUGGAGAACAUCCUCAAGAUUGGCUUCCUCAAUGACAAGGUGGAGGAACGGUUGGAGAGAUAUCUGGACUCUUACGACAUCGUCCUGGUGAAGGAUGAGACCCUGGAAGUGCCCAAUGCCAUCCUCCAAAAGAUUCUAUAACUCUGCCCCCUGAUUCACCUUCAUUUAAUCCUACCACCAGCCCAUGUAUCGACCCCUCCAACCCUGAGGCCCACAGUAUGUGAUACACUUCAAGACCUCUCCCAAUCCCAGGUGGCAGUGACCUUUCCACCGAACGAAACUAUCAUUGUUCUUCUACUCUGGAUGUGGCCCCAGCAAGUCGCUGACCCGAUCUCUAGAAACCACUCACAUCCUUGUUUUAAAGAGACAUUGUACAAGUCCUGAAUGAACACUUAUAUAAAAGUACACACAGCAGCAUUGCUUGUCUUUGGUGUGUAAUUUGUCCGUGUGUUGAUUGUUUCCCCAUGCCGUCUUUCUCCAACCUUUGAAAAUGAAAAAAACAAAAUCAGAAAAAAUAACGUUCUCUAUAAUUUUCCCAUUACUGUUACAAUUGUUGUUCAUAUGAUUUUUGACAUUGUAAUUUUUGUAUCGUUGUAUAAAAGUUUACACAUAAACCAGACACCCACAGGAAGACAAGAUUUUUCUAGAUCGAUCCCAGCAUGCAUUUCACCUCACAGGCAGUCAUCCUAAAUUUUUCUGAUAUGAAGAAAAGAAUGAGGAAUUCUUUUUAACUCCUAUAUAUUUUUGAGACUGGAGAAUGGGAGUUUGAUUAAAUUUUAAAGACCAAAUGGUCAUGAAAGUCAUGUCAGAUAAAUUACAGUGGAACCAUAAAUCACCAGUAUAUCAUUGUUUGUAUUUUUCUGCAACAUUUUUAAAAUACUGUAGUACAGAAGCCAACAGACAUGGUAUCCGUUUUAGAAAAUUUUAAAGCUCAGAUAUCAACACAGGAACUGAAGCUGGAGAAUUUGGCAUCAUUCAGUUGGUCAGAAAAAAAUGCACUUUAAUCUCUUUGUACAAUGAUUCCCCCAGAUAGUUUGGAUUCAUAAGAGCAUUGAUACCUAUUCAGAGGAGGGGUGAGUUCACUUAGUCUAAUAUCCCAGUCAGCUUAGUUUUGAGUUCCCCACCACGCAAAGGGUUUUUACAUUGAAAGCCGCCUCCUGUGAUCCUGUGACUGUGGACGGGUUGUGCUCAGGGCAUCGGUGGUACCAAACUAAGUUUAGACAGCUUCGGUUGUAAGCAUUCCCAGAUGCAUGGCCAGAAACAGGCGUGAGCUCUAUGUACGUGACAGGUGGUGUUAAGUUACAAGGUGAAGUCAACUCUUCACUUCUUCAGUCCCUUCUGCAAAUGUAGUGUGUUACCUUCAGUUUCUCUCACAACAGCCAAAGUAUACUUUACUUUACACAGGCAGCAGUUGCUUAAAGGAAAUAAGCUGUUUGUGGCUCAGUAAAACCUAGCAUAAGACAUAUGUCUUGGACAAAGCCUUUUUUUUUCUUUUUUUUUUUAAUCCAUAUUCUGACCUUUUUUUUCUAGGGUUGAAAUUGAACGCUACCUCUCAAUUUGGAUCUUUUGUUGGAGGCUCAAAGAAAAAUGUCACCCUGUUGUUUGUUUGGACAUGUUUUGUUGGAUGUUCUUUUUUGAAUGUGUGCGUUUGAAAUGUGCUGCUAUCACCUGCAUGUUGCCUUUUCUUAAAGCUGGAUUUAUGUCUAUAAAUGUUUAAAAAAAAAACUCAAUAAAAUUGGGAAUUAUA